GCCGCUCAGAAAAGCCGGACUGGAUUUCUGUCGGCUACACUCGUGGGUGGGGAGUGUAACCUCGCGGGGUGGAGCGACAGGGUCUCUCCUCACGUGAAACGCUUCCCGCGGGAAUUUUAGCCUUGUUCUUGUUGGGGAGGGAAAUGUCAAAUUCUGCUCCUGCCCUCCCCCGGAGGCUGGUGACUGGAACCUUUAUGUCCAUUCACUGCGGGGCGAUAGGGGCUCCAGAAUCCCGGGGGUAGGGGCAGAGGACAGUGGAACGGGGGAGCCUGUCUCCCGGUUUCCGGCCCCUGGGCGUCCCGCGCUCCCCUAGCUCGCGCCCCUGGCUCCUGUCCUCACUUCCUUCCCCUUUUGGCUCCUGAUCUCGGAGCGGGCGGACGCGGGGGGGAGCGGAAAGGGCGGAAGGGCCCAGGGAGCACGGCGGGAGGGGGUACAGGGGGUUGCGGAAAGGCCCGGGAGGGGACUCGGUCAGGGACCGGAGACCGUCAGGAACAGCGGCCUGGGACCCACACUGCCCCCACCCCUCCCGAGCAGGCGCCCCCAUGGCCCGACCCCGCUGAUUGCUUCAUUCAGCCAUGCUCCCGCGGCCCCUGCGGCUGCUUUUGGACACGAGCCCCCCCGGGGGAGUCGUGCUGAGCAGCUUCCGAAGCCGAGACCCCGAAGAGGGUGGGGGCCCAGAUGGCCGGGUCGUGGGCGGGGGGCAGGAGAAAGAGGAGGAGGAGGAAGAAGAAGAGGCCCCUGUGUCUGUCUGGGAUGAGGAGGAAGAUGGUGCCACCUUUACUGUCACAAGCCGCCAGUAUCGGCCUCUUGAUCCCUUGGCCCCCACACCUCCCCCGCGUUCCUCCCGUCGGCUCCGGGCUGGCACUCUGGAGGCCCUGGUUAGGCACCUUCUGGAUGCCCGGACAUCAGGGGUCGACGUGACCUUCAUGUCAGCCUUCCUGGCCACCCACCGGGCUUUCACCUCCACACCUACCUUGCUAGGGCUUAUGGCUGACAGGCUGGAAGCCCUUGAAUCUCAUCCUGCUGAUGAACGACAGAGGACAACAGGGGUAGCCAUCUCUGUAUUGUCAACCUGGCUGGCUUCUCACCCUGAGGAUUUUUGCUCUGAGGUCAAGGUUCAACUUGACCGGCUUGAGAGCUUCUUACUUCGGACAGGGUAUGCAGCAGGGGAGGGUGUUGGGGGGGGCAGCGCUGACCUCAUCCACAAUCUCCGGUCCCGGGUGGACUCCCAGGCCCCCGACCUUCCUAAGCCCCUGGCCCUCCCUGGCGAUCCCCCUGCUGACCCCACGGAUGUCCUGGUGUUCCUCGCUGACCACUUGGCCGAACAGCUGACCCUGCUAGAUGCGGAGCUGUUUCUCAAUCUGGUCCCCUCUCAGUGUCUGGGGGGCCUGUGGGGACACAGAGAUCGGCCAGGACAUUCCCACCUCUGCCCAUCUGUCAGAGCUACUGUCACACAGUUUAACAAGGUGGCAGGGGCAGUGGUUAGCUCUGUCUUGGGGGCCACCCCAACUGGAGAGGGGCCUGGGGAGGUAAUCAUACGGCCACUCUGCCCCCCCCAGAGGGCCCGGCUACUGGAGAAGUGGAUCCGAGUGGCAGAGGAGUGCCGGCUGCUCCGAAACUUCUCUUCAGUUUAUGCUGUUGUAUCAGCUCUGCAGUCCAGCCCUAUCCACAGGCUUCGGGCAGCCUGGGGGGAAGCAACCAGGGACAGCCUCAGAGUCUUUUCCAGCCUCUGCCAGAUUUUCUCUGAGGAGGAUAAUUAUUCCCAGAGCCGGGAGCUACUCCUGCAGGAGGUGAAGCUGCAGCCCCCUCUGGAGCCACACUCCAAGAAGGCUCCGAGGUCUGGCUCCCGGGGUAGGGGUGUGGUCCCAUACCUCGGAACCUUUCUGAAGGACCUUGUGAUGCUGGAUGCAGCUUCCAAGGAUGAGCUGGAGAAUGGAUACAUCAAUUUUGACAAGCGGAGGAAGGAAUUUGCUGUCCUUUCUGAGUUGCAACGGCUCCAGAAUGAAUGUCGUGGCUAUGACCUCCGACCGGACCAUGAUAUCCAGCAGUGGCUACAGGGGCUCCAUCUACUGACAGAGGCCCAGAGUCAUCGUGUGUCCUGUGAGGUGGAGCUACCUGGUACCAGUGACCCUCCUGCUGCAAGGGUGCUUCGGCCAACACUGGUCAUCUCACAGUGGACAGAGGUUCUGGGCUCUGUUGGGGGCCCCACCUCCAUGGUGUCCUGGGACCGGCCUAGUAUAGGGGGAGAUGAGGUAUCUGGAACCCCUGCUCCACUGCUGACCCGGCUGGCACAGCAUAUGAAAUGGCCAUCUGUCUCGUCACUAGACUCUGCCCUGGAAAGCAGUCCGUCCCUGCACAGUCCAGCUGACCCCAGCUACCUCUCUCCUCCAGCCUCCUCCCAUAAGCCUUCUCGAGGUCACCGCCGUUCAGCAUCCUGUGGCUCCCCACUGAGUGGGAGUACAGGAGAAGGGGCCUCCACAGGGACUGGAUAUGGGGGCGGUGGAUCUGGGCCAGGGGCUUCUGAUUGCCGAAUCAUCCGAGUUCAGAUGGAGCUGGGAGAAGAUGGCAGUGUCUAUAAGAGCAUCUUGGUGACAAGCCAGGACAAGUCUCCAAGUGUCAUCAGUCGUGUCCUUAAGAAAAACAAUCGUGAUUCUGCAGUGGCUUCAGAGUAUGAGCUGGUACAGCUACUACCAGGGGAACGAGAGCUGACUAUCCCACCCUCAGCUAAUGUCUUCUAUGCUAUGGAUGGAGCCUCACAUGAUUUCCUCCUGCGGCAGCGGCGAAGGCCCUCUGCUACACCGGGCCUUACCAGUGGCCCCUCUGCCUCAGGAACUACCCCAAGUGAGGGAGGAGGUGGCUCCUUUCCUAGGAUCAAGGCCACAGGGAGGAAGAUUGCACGGGCACUGUUCUGAGGAAAAGUCCCAGUUGGCUUACAGAAGUCAUAGUGUUCAUACCAGAUGUGGGUAGCUCUCCUAAACAGUGGCAGUUAUGUCACACUGAGAUAGAUUAGAAAGGUGGCCAGCCACCCUGGGGCAGUGAAGUGCCACUUGUUUACUGAACAACUGAGAAAUCCAGCCCUGUGGGAAAUGGUAAUCUUAUAACCAACUUGGAUACCAGUGUACAGCUCCCUACCUCCUGUGAAUGUAGUACAUAGUUAGUGCUGGAGAAAGGCAUGUUUCUGAUUCCUGCCCACAUCCUAAAGCAAAUGAAAGGACUAGAAGUUGGCAGGGAGGGGGCAGAAGGCCUAAACGCUCUGAGCUCCAGGGCAGAGGGGGAUGGCAAGAAGUUAUAGUAGUUGUUUCCCACUCUGGGGGUUUCUAUCACUGUGACAACACUAAGAUAAUAAACCAAAACACUACCUGAAUUCCACUUCCCUGUCCUUAAAGUGCAUAUGAUCUGGCUAUUGGAAGGGGGAUGGGGAAUUGGCUAAAGGUAGAAGCCAGGGAAUAGGAAGGGGCUGAAAGUAAGGUAUUGGUGAAAACAGCUUCCUCAACAGUUUAUUCCUCUCCACCCCUGGUUUCUAUUUACUGUUAAAGUUUACUCCUCAGUUGUCGCAGACCCAUGCCACAUUAAAGAGAUCAGUAUGAAGAACUCCCUUGACCGCAAAUUUUUAAGAAGCAAUUUUAGGGCAAAGAAAUGGAAAACCAGGCUCAGUGCCUGUAGCACAGUGGUUACGGCACCAGCCACAUACACUGAGGCUGGCGGGUUUGAACCCGGCCUGGACCAGCUAAACAAUAAUGAAAAAAUAGCUGGGCAUUGUGGCAGGUGCCUAUAGACCCAGCUACAUGGGAGGCUGAGGCAAGAGAAUCGCUUAAGCCUAAGAGUUUGAGGUUGCUGUGAGCUGUGAUGGCACAGCACUCUACCAAGAGUGACAAAGUGAGACUGUGUCUCCAAAAAAAAAAAAAAGAUUUAUAAAAAAGAAAUGGAAAGGCUCAGCCCCUGUAGCUCAGCGGGUUCGAAUCCAGCCCAACCUGCCAAACAACGACAACUACAACCAAAAAAAAAAAAAAAAAAAAUAGCCAGGCAUUGUGGUGGGUGCCUGGAGUCCCAGCUACUUGGGAGGCUGAGGCAAGAGAAUAGCUUAAGCCCGAGUUUGAGGUUGCUGUGAGCUUUGAUGCCACGGCAAAAAAAAAAAAAGGAAAAACAACUUGGCUCCGCACCUGUGGCUCAAGAGUCUAAGGCGCCAGCCACAUACAACUGAGCUGGCGGGUUCGAAUCCAGCCCAGGCUCACCAACCAACAGUGAUGGCUGCAACCAAAAAAUAGCUGGGCAUUGUGGCAGGUGCCUGUAGUCCCAGCUACUUGGAAGGCGGAGGCAGGAGAACUGCUUGAGCCCAGGAGUUGGAGGUUGCUAUGAGGUGUGAUGCUACGACACUCUAGCACACUACUCAGGGCAACAGCUUAAGGCUCUGUCUCAAAAAAAAAAAAAAAAAAGGAAAAA